AAGUCGAUGCUUUGCACUGACAAAACGUAAACAACUGUCAACACGUGCGCGGUUUUACAAAUUAUUGAAUAAAAUGGAAUUAUUCACAGUAAACCGAUACACCGAGGAUCAGAGUAAACUCACACAAGGCAGUGGCGAGGCGACAAAUGAAGAUGAAAUUUUGCAAAAGCUUCUGCAAAAAGCUGAAAAGCGUAAACGAAAACAUAAAAACAGCGAGGCGGCGGCUGUAAAAGAGCCAGAAGCAGAGCAAUCAGAUAAAGUUGAGGAAACAACUGUGCAAACAGAAGAUGCAACAGAGCAACAGACAGAAAAAGAAUCUGCAGAAGCCAAAGAAACGGAGGAAGAGCCUUCGCAUGAUUUCCAAGUGCUCGGAGCGGAUGGCUCAGCGGCUAAACGACAAAAAGUGGAAAUGGUAUUGCCGGCUUGGCUGGCACAUCCCACAAUUAUUGAGGGAGGUAGUUUGCAAGCAGCUGACAGUGCCGAUGCGGAGGCAGAUGCCGCAUCCAUUAAACAGCUGCCCUACCUGGAGAAAUACAUCCGCAGUGCACUCAAGCAAAUGAAGAUCAAACGUCUCUUUCCGGUGCAGACAGCCGUUAUUCCUUGGAUACUGGAGGCGCAAGCUAAGCCCGAGCCUUUUCGACCAAGGGAUGUCUGCGUCUCGGCACCCACCGGCAGUGGAAAGACUUUGGCGUUUGCCAUUCCCAUUGUCCAGCUGUUGGCCAAGCGAGUGCAAUGCAAAGUACGUGCCUUGAUAGUGUUACCUGUAGCAGAGUUGGCCUUACAGGUAUAUAAAGUCUUCAGCGCAUUGUGCAGCCUGACGGAGCUGGAGGUGUGUCUGCUAUCCAAGCAGCAUCGCCUGGAGGAUGAGCAGGACAAGCUAGUGGAACAGUAUAAAGGUGUCUACUACUCCAAAGUGGAUAUUGUUGUCACUACGCCAGGUCGUUUGGUGGAUCAUUUACAUGCCACAAAGGGCUUCUGUCUGAAGUCACUAAAAUUUCUGGUCAUUGACGAGGCGGAUCGUAUCAUGGACGCUGUCUUCCAAAACUGGCUCUAUCAUCUGGAUGCUCAUGUUCGUUCGACAGCUGAUCAACUGCUGACAGGUGUGCAGGCGCCGCUUUGCUACCAGGAGCUGCUCAAUAGUUGGGGUAAGCAGCCGCAUAAGCUGCUCUUCUCGGCCACUCUCUCCCAGGAUCCUGAGAAGCUGCAGAACUUGCGUCUGUUCCAGCCCAAGCUCUUUACUACGGUGCUUACUAUGCCAGUUUUACAGCCUGCACCUGACAACGGAGAACUGCCUGAUCAGUCCAGUAAAUUUAUUGGAAAAUAUACAACGCCUGCGGAACUGACGGAACAGUACUGCCUGACGGAAAUGCGACUGAAGCCACUUACGCUGUAUGCCAUGGUGCUUUCGAAUAAUUGGAAGCGGUUUUUGUGCUUUACUAACAGUGCCGACACAGCCAGCCGUUUGGCCUAUGUGCUCGUUCAUCUGUUCAAGGACUCGCCGAUAUGCGUUAAAGAGCUAUCCGCCAAAAUGUCCGCAACAAAGCGAGGCUAUCGCCUUUCCGAAUUCGCUCGUGGCAAUAUUCACGGCCUCGUCUGCUCGGAUGCAUUGGCCAGAGGCAUUGAUGUGCCAAAUGUGGACGUCGUAGUAUCCUAUGAAGCGCCGCGUCACAUCAAGACGUACAUACAUCGUGUGGGUCGUACGGCACGUGCUGGCCAGAAAGGCACUGCCAUAACGCUGCUCACGGACAAGGAUCAGGCGAACUUCAAGAAAAUGCUCUACGAAGUGGGCAAAACAAUGGGCGAGGAACUUAUCAUCUCGCCGGACAUUGAAGUCGAACAUGCAGCCAUCUACAAGAGCGCACUGGAGCAGCUGCGCUGGCGCCAAGAGAAAAUGAAGAGCGCCAUCAAGGUGCAGAAGAUGCGCAUUAGUCGCAAAGCAGAUAUGCACAAGAAACCUGAAGAGGAGAUGACUCUCAUGGAGAAACUUCAGCUCAAGAUGGGUGUCCAAGAGCACAAGGUGAAAAGGACGAUAAAACAUGCCGCUGUAAAGACCCAGAAGCGGACUAAACGUAAACACAUUAAAGAGUAAAAAAUGUAAAAGUCUCUUGUGGGGGAAUGUUCAAUAAACGUAAAUCUAUAAUAAAAUGUAUAUAAAA